UACAGGUAACAAGGAAGACGUUUUUUAAUCUCUUUUAUUCAAACAGUUUAUGAAGCAGCAAAGGUGUUUUAUUCGUUUAUAACAUGUGAUGAACAUACUAAUCAUUACAUAAGUGUAAACAAUGUCGGAUUUUGAGUCUAUGACGGAAUUAAUAACACAAGACUAUCUGAGUUACAAACUUCAAGAGUUAGGCUUCGACUUUGAAAGUUUUUCAAAAUGGCCGACGGUAUAUUGUCAAAGGUGCAAAUCGAAACUAGAGACGGAGGUGAUUACGCAUUGCGAUAAUUGCGACGACACCAAAAUGUUCUCAGUGCCUGAAAAUAAAGCUCCAUGUCAGCGAGAGUUAAAGUUCACGAGAAAAGUGUGUGAUUUAUAUCUAAACGAUUUUGAAAAGCGAUUUGACAUAGAUACUGCGAACAUCAAACCAAAUAAAGCAACAGUUCAGAUUACAUUUUUGGAAGAAGCCGAUAACUUAUUUGAAAAGGAAACUGACUGGAUGGGAAUCGUGGGUUUGUUGAUCCUCAGUGGAGUAUUGGCAACAAGGUGUGCAGAAAAAGGCUAUAUUUCUGAAGUGAAAAGUAUUCAAUGCAUAACAAGCUGGUACAUCAACGAAAAACUAGAGACAUGGAUGAAAGAACAUGGCGGAUGGGGAAGCUUCUCCAUAUGGACAGAUUUUAUUAUUGAGCUCAAACAAUUUAAGGAACGCUACUCCAAAAGGAUGGACACCAGCGAGGCGCAACGUAGAUUAAACAUUUUAUUAGAUAGCAUCAUGAAGGUAUUCAUCUUCAAAUACAAGAAGGGAUUCUAUUCCAAAAGGUUGGACACCAUCGAGGCGCAACGUAGAUUUAACAUGGUACUUAAUAGCAUCCGUCCAGGAUAGUGCUCCCUGCUCACGACGACGCCUAUACUUCAGUAUAUCUUCAAUUUGACACUGGAAUUUGUAUGCUAGUGCCAUGUGAGGGCCCAGAUGUGUUUGUCCUAACAGUUCUUAAACGUCACAAGCUUUAGUAGCAUAUAUCAUCAAGACAAAUGUCUUGCUUCAUCCUGAUAUUACGAAAUGAAAAUAAGUUGAACUUAAAUAUCAUGAAGAUCAUUUUCUUAAACUCUUAAGAAUGUUAUUAAUGCAUAUUUACACCAAAACAAAAAUAAUGAGCUUAGCUUUUUACUGCUGUAAAGGUUUCGAGAAUUUGGGACUAUGUGUUUGUGUUAUUGUACAGGAUGUUAUUAAUCAGAACUAGUUCACUUUCGUUGUGCUGCAGUUUGUUCAAAAUAUGGUGUGCCGUUUCAUACAAUAUUUUCGUUUUUGUUUGUUUUUUGUUCUUGAAUGUUUUUUUUCUAUGUACAUUGUAUAUUUUAUGUGGUAUAUAUAUGUAUCUGAUCAUUGUUUACCACUCGGAGAGUAUAUUUGUAAAUUAUUACAAAUUCAUCUGGUCCAUGUAUUAUCUCUUUCAUCAGGCAUAUUCUUAAGUGAUAAAACGACACAUCCUUUCUGCAAAUGCCUUGAUGCCUUCAUGUAUUAACAUUUGCUGUGUACGAAUGUUCAUAGGGGUCAUUAUGGACCUGGGGCCUUGUGAACGAACCGUCUCCAGUCUGCGUUAAGACUCAAGAUAAAAAAAAAACCUGCAACCCUCUCACUUUUUUUUCAGAGCAAUGAUGGUGAAAACAGUUAGAUAUAUUACCACAACGACGUUUUUCACAUUCUAAGGAUACUAUAUAGAAAUCAUAUUAUUUAAAUGAUGUUUAGUACCUUAAUUGUUUUGCUUUUUUGAGUAUGAAUCUGUACUCAGACCUAAGACUGUUUGUAAUCAUGGCCACAAUGUGCUGAAUAGCAGGAAUUAAUGUAGAAUCGUGUGAAAUGUAUUAAAAACAUCCUGAAGCACAUCAUAAAUAAGUGAAUUUUAGUGAUCAAAGUGAUUUUUUUCUCACUUUAUUCACAAACACUCGACUUUGAUUGCAGACUGGCUAUUAAAAAGAGUUUAAACUCAUCAAUAUAUUGAUUAAACUAUAUAUCUAACUAUGUUUUACGUGUGAAUGAAUUAAAGUAGAAUGUAUAGGAAAAUAUUAAGGGGUUUAUGACCGGCAGUUUUUUUUAACUUUUUCUGAUUUAACUUCGUCAAUGUAUUAUUGUAGAUGGUUGUUGGGUACUCCUUACCAUCAUAGUUAUAAAUAAACUAAUUAACACUU